AUUUCCCUGUUCCCUGAAACCUUAUUGCUUCUCACUUUUCACAUCCAUGUCUAAUGAGAGUAAAGGCCAUGCCAAAAUGCAAGCUUCUAGCCAGACUAUUCGGAAGCUUGAUGAAGGUGUCUUUUGGAGGACCGUCCAAAAUGAGCUUGGCCUGGAAAAAUCCUGGAACUGGCACUGACUUGAAGUCGGUUUUCCACUGACCUGAACUUGACAACCUACAAAGAAACACAAGAGAGACUAUCCACAAAGAGCAAGAAUGAACCGCGUAGAAGGACUGAGAGCCAACUCUUCACAGUUCAGCUUGGAGAAACAACCCUUCCGCAUCCUGGGAGGCUCUGUCCAUUACUUCCGUGUCCCCAGGACCUACUGGGAGGACCGACUGCUGAAGAUGAAAGCCUGCGGCAUCAACACUCUUACAACCUAUGUACCAUGGAACCUGCAUGAACCAGAGCGAGGGGUGUUUGACUUUGAGGAUGAUCUGGAUUUAGAAGCCUAUCUUCGCAUUGCAGCCAGCUUGGGCCUCUGGGUGAUUUUGCGCCCUGGGCCAUACAUCUGCGCUGAAUGGGAUUUUGGCGGACUGCCUAGUUGGCUACUAAGAGAUGGACAUAUGAAGCUGAGAACGACCUACUCAGGAUUCACAGAUGCAGUCAACUCAUUUUUUGAUGAACUCAUAAAGAAAGUUACUCCAUUUCAGUACUCCCAGGGUGGCCCGAUUAUAGCAGUUCAAGUUGAGAAUGAAUAUGGCUCCUACGCUAAAGAUGACAAGUACAUGCCUUUCAUAAAGGAGGCAUUAUUGUCCAGAGGCAUCACAGAGCUGCUGCUGACCUCUGACAACAAGGACGGGCUGAAGCUCGGAGGAGUGAAAGGAGCACUGGAAACGAUCAAUUUCCAGAGACUCGACAUCAACGAGAUCAAGUAUCUGGAAGAAAUUCAACCUCAGAAACCAAAGAUGGUUAUGGAGUACUGGUCUGGCUGGUUCGAUCUCUGGGGAGGCCUUCAUCAUGUGUUCCCUGCUGAGGACAUGAUCUCGGUUGUCAGAGAAAUCCUGAAGUUGGACAUGUCAAUCAACCUGUAUAUGUUUCAUGGAGGGACCAAUUUUGGCUUCAUGAAUGGUGCAUUUGCUGUUGGGCUCCCAGCACCUGAACCCAUGGUGACAAGCUAUGAUUACGAUGCUCCAUUAUCUGAGGCCGGGGAUUACACCACCAAGUAUCAUCUUCUGAGGAAUUUAUUCAGCAGCUACCACAACCAACCACUUCCUGAACUACCUGCCGUUCAAGAAAGGAGAGCCUAUCAGACUGUUGUCAUCCAGCAGCAUCUCUCUCUUUGGGACAGUUUCCAUUCAGCUGAAAAGCCUUUCAAAUCUGAGAGGCCAAUAAACAUGGAGAACCUCCCUGUCAACAACAAUAAUGGCCAGUCCUACGGCUACACACUGUAUGAGACAGUCAUCACCAAUGGAGGAACUCUCAACUCAAAGAACAACAUCAAAGACAGAGCACUGGUUUUUGUGGACAAACAAUAUGUUGGUGUUUUGGACUGUAAGGUGCAGGAACUUGUAGUACCUGAUGGGAAGGGAAGCAGAACUCUUAGCUUGCUGGUGGAGAACUGUGGAAGGGUGAAUUAUGGGACGACUCUGGAUGAGCAGCGCAAAGGUCUUGUUGGUGAUGUUGAGUUAAACUCGAACGUCCUCCGAGGCUUCAUUAUUCAUAGUCUGGAUAUGAAACCAGGCUUUGUAAACAGCCUUCAGACCACAGGCUCCUGGGUGCCUAUGCAACAACAGCCCUCAUUCCCGGCCUUUUUUCAGGGCAAACUUUACGUGAACAGCUCUCCUAAAGAUACCUUCAUCAAACUUCCGGGAUGGACCAAAGGGGUUGUGUUUAUAAAUGGCAGGAAUUUGGGACGAUACUGGUCUAUCGGACCACAACAGACACUUUAUGUGCCAGGGCCCUGGCUGCACAGAGGAGACAACCAGGUCAUGGUGUUUGAAGAGCAGGAAGCAGAUGGUAGACUUCAGUUCACCAGCAGCCCUGACUAUGGCAUGACUGUUGAUGUCCAGUGAGGAUAAGAGGAGAGCGUAUGUUAAGGAAGCAUGAGCAGAGCAAACAUGACUGCUGUUGGUUAUGUUUGCAUGGAUCUGGACUGCCUGCCCUGGUCAGCAGCACCAAGGUGUCAAGAAAACUUUUAAUUGAUUUUCCUAGUUUGUCUUACUGACCAUAUUCAUGGCAUGUUGUUAUAUUUAGUUGAUAGGUAUUAUUUGCUCUUUGUUGAAAAGAUAAAUCAAUAAAGUCUGGUUUGCCCUCUGUUUUUAA